AUGCCACUCUUUUUCAUUUGGUUAGCGACUUUAACGGUCGUUUGUAUUAAGCCCGCAUCAACAAACAAAAAUGAUGUGAGCGUUUGGUUUCUCUUAUAUGGUUCUUAGGUACUUGUGGAUAAAUUCCGUCAGAUGACGGAGCUUUCCGAUAAAUCUCCAAUUUUGAGAUUAAGUUAUGACCAGUUCACGGAGCUUGUUCGUGCAGCUCCCCGGAAUUAUUCAGUAUUUUCAAUGCUGACGGCACUUGCUGACGAACGAAGAUGCCACAGUUGUCAGUAAGCUAUUGCGCUUUCAUGCUUACAUCAGGGCUGCCAAUGAUGAAUUUAAUACUCUCGCAAGUUCGUGGCAGAAGUUGAAGAAUGCCAGAUCGAAAAUCUUCCUACUGCUUGUAGAUUUUGAUGAAAACCCAAAGAUUUUUAAAGAAGUAUAUUUUUCAAAAAUGAGUUCUAUUCGUUUAGUUAAACCAAAACACUGUACCGGUCUUCAUCCACUUUCCACCUUCUGGUGGUCCUAGCGCUGCCGACUUUCUUGAUAUAUCACGAAGCGGUUUUGGUGCGGAAACGCUUUCCCGAUGGAUAUUUUCUCGCACUUCUGUGGAGGUAUGAUCUGAGUGUCCACCAACCUUCUUCUAGAUUCCGAUUGUUCGUCAAACAAGCUACGCCGGAGCCGUCUUGUUAUUAAUAAUUGCAGGUCUCGUCGGCACCAUGUUGUAUCUCCGACCGGACAAUCUGGAAUUUAUCAUCCACCGCUCAACGCUGUCUUAUGCGGCAAUGGUAUGUCAGUGUAUUUUCAGGUGGAUUAUACUUUUGUUUGACUUCGUCGCUUCCUUUUUUGCUCGGCAUCCACGUGACUUGCCUCUCAAAGUCUAUAGGAGUGCCUUUUAUCGUCCUAAGUUUCAACUUUAACAUAAGUAACUGUUUCCUUGUUUAGGUUCUAAUCUUCUAUAUUAUUUCUGGCCAAGUUUGGAACAGUAUCCGACGUCCCCCUUUCUUCCAUAAUCAACCUCAGGGAGGCAUAGUGAGUUCAAGCGUUUUUAUUAAACUUGCAUAUUUAGGCAUUCUUAUACCCAGGAGGCGACUUUCAGUUCAUUUCGGAAACUAUACUAGUAAUGGUUACUUGUAUCCUUUCGAUCGAUUGUUUACGAGCAAAAAUUAAUCUUUUCUUCGUUGUCAAAUAUGCGACUUUUAUCGUCCGUUUUUUAUGGAAAAAUAAACUACUUGUAAAUAACUCCCAAACACUUUUCAUCCGCUGACGUAUUAUUCUGCGAGUAUGUAUUCGUUAGUGUUGUGUAUGGUCAGUAUCAUACAUCGUAGAGCGAUUCAGUACUCACGAAGUCCUGCACUCUUCGAAACUAGUUGCCGUACACCAUAAGUACUCGGGCUCUUGGCUUAACGUCUGCACAACGCGGUCCCAUAGACUCCUCAAUAUUAGAUUGUAACUGCAAGGAGAAUUGUCGGCCGAGGCAUCAUCUUAUAAUGGAUCUUUGGACCCAUGACCGCCUAGAUGUAUGUUUAGCAUAACAUUUAAUUGUUAUCUGCAUAAGCCUCUUGUUUUUUUCAUUUUACAUCGACUGUUUCGUGUUAUAAGUAGACUUGCUUGUCAUUGUUUAUCACCUUAUUUUUAUCCUCGCCACUCCUGUUCGCAGUUUUCCUGAGCCAUAGAAUAUUUAGAUGUUUUGGUUUCAAUAAGUAUAUUGAUGCUCGUUGAAGCCGGUCAGACGGAGGAUUUUGGAAAAAAACGCAGUAAGUACCUAUUCUCUGUCUUUAAAAAUGUCCUGCCUGUCCCAUAAAAACGAAUUUAUUUUAUAAUAUUAUGUUGAAGCAACUGUCUUAUUAACGUCUUCCUGAAUUCGAUCUUUAUUUGUGAACACAAAGCUUUCAACCCAAAAGUCAGCAUGCUAUCAUGUAUGAACGAACUUGGAAUUCUCAUGCGUACUAGUCAUCAUCUCAAUCUAAUGAAAUUAAUCUGUUCACUCUGUGAGAUAUUGGUAGCUGGCUCGGGGCUUUCGGCCCCGACCGCGCGCAUCAUACGGACGUAAACAGCGCCUUUUCCGCCGUAUGCUAAUUUAGUCUGGGAAUGUGCGUCAAGUCCCCGGUUUGUCUUGAUUUUCAGUUUAGCGCUUCAUUCGAUUCCAACAUGUCUCUCCUCCAUACUUUAGCACUUUCUGUGUAGGUAGCCCGUACCGUCAGACAGGGAACUAGAAGAAUGUUCUUCCAUGUUUCAGUCGGCACACAUGAACUUUACCCCUUGCAACCAGCCCUUCGUGCUCCAUGCGCUUCUUAAAUUUGAGUUACUUCAUAUAUUGUACAAUUUGAGUUUGGUGAAAUCGGGGAUAAAAAGGCGCAUCCCGAAUAAAAACCGUUUCGCGGAAUCACUCGCCGACCUUUUGCGGGCAGCCCAGUUCCGUUAUAAAUACGGCUUUAACCAAGUCAUUAGCCCGUUACCCUUAGAAGCCCUCACUUUAGCAUCAUAUCGGCUUACAAGUACGGUGCCUCGACAAACUAGUUAAGGUUUUAAAAUAAUUUUGAUUGCUGUCCAUUUUCGUAGCAUGUCGUACGGAUACGUUUACCCUUGGUCCAUUGUAAGAACUGUUCAACUGUUUAAGUGCCCUAGAUGCCCCAGGAUUCUCAGCGACUGAGCCUGAUAGACAGCAUUUCAACCGUAGACUCUACCGAGUGCUUUCCUGAUACCCUUCUGCAUGCCAUGAGACGUCACUAACUUGGCCGCACCCUUCUCAAACUCCCCUGUUGUCUUAGACGGCACGCGGCGGCCAUUUGUGAACUCCUGCAGCGGUGCUAUCACGUAGCCCGGCCAUUUGCUCUCCACCACCAUUUCGUCAGUAUAACUUGACUUAACUAUCGGUACUUACUUGUACUUGAUACGGCUGUAGUUGGCCUCGAUGAUGUCCCGAACUGCACCUCCCCACGCGUGAUGGUCCGCGUCAGUAGAUCUGGGCAGUUCAAUCCAUUCUCUUUGCCAACGACGGUGACCAAAUACCGAAGUUCCAAGAACCACCUCCACGUCUUGACGAACUGUGUCAAGCCGGGUUUUAAGUUGACCUCCUCUUCGACGCCUCCAGUGGGAUAACGGCGCUAGAUCGCCGGCAGUAACAUUAAGCUCCUGAGGUUGACGACGAAGAACAUGCCCAAACCAACUCAUUCGUCUUUCUUGGAUGGCCAGGUUUAUCCUUGCCAUGUUGGCGCAGAGAGUGCGGACUGUCUCAUUUGAGACCAAGUCGGUGUGUUUCACUUGACGGAUGGUCCUCAGGCAGUGACCAAAUGCCUUCAGUUUUCGCUCGUCCUCCACGGCCUUGAUCAUUGCGACGAUUUUUGGCGAUACACCGUCUAGUGCCAUUACCCGUUACAGGGACUCACGAUGGACGGAAUCGAACGCGGCGGAAAAGUCAGCAGAGCAAACGGCCGUUGGUCGCUAGUAGCUCUGACGGAAUUCGAGAAUACGCCUCAGUGUGCAUACCCGGUCCGCACAUCCGCGUCUUGCACCAACAGCCUGGACUCGCAAUCGGUUAUUUCCAUAGCUAAAGAUAUUGAGUAACUGAAACGUGGGUAAUCAGACAAUUCUGUGAAACCGUUGCUGCUAUUUUUAUGCCCAUGCGCCAGCUUAGAAAUUUGCAUUUUUCCUUGUGCGACUCAGUUUAUGCUGUCGCAAUGCACUUUUUGUUAGCAUUAGUGAAAAUAAUAACCCGGACAGCCAGAGACUGCAGUUAUCUCGUAGAAAAUUUAAUAACCUCUUAAUUUUAUCUGGGUUCCUUAUGCUAUUUAAUUACAUCUGGCCUGCCUUCUCCCCUGCCUUUAUUCAGUGAUGGCAAUUGGUGGUCUCAGCUUGUUUUCCAUCUUCGUCAGCCUCAUUUUGAGCCUAUUUCGGAGGAAGUAUCAGGGCUAUCCAUACAGGUUUGUCUUUCAUCUUUUCCCUAUAAUUGCUUCCCUGUGCUUUAGUUUCUUGUUAAAGUGA